UCCUCAGCCAUGGAGAUACUAACUCUCAUGCUCCUCGCUCUACUUUCCUGUGCCAGGAGUGCUCAGACUCAUCAGGCAGGAGAUGAGUCACCUGAAAACUUCAUGGAGGUACCCCCAAGUUUCCUCGACUCACAGCUGGAUGAAAGUUUCUCAUCACAGCCCUUAUCGGAGGACAAGAUUGGGCUGAAUUCCUUGCUCAGAACCAUCCUGCACAGCAGAAAUGCCCGUAGCUCCUUCCAGUUCCAACCACAAAGGUUUGGAAGAGAUGAGCACAGUCCCAUGCAAGGAGACAGCAGGAUCCAUUCUCGAGGAUGGGACUCAGCGCCGCAGUUUUGGAGUUUGGCCGUGCCCCAACGCUUUGGCAGAAAAAAAUAA